GAAUUAAGAUGAGUUUGCUGCGUUGCCUCUUGUUUUUAAUUUUUGGAACUCUGCUACUCAAAAAUGCAGUCUCGCAAGAUACUAAAUCCCAGGAUGAGGUAAAGAAUGAAUCUGUAGAACGGAUCCGACGACAGAUUGGAGCCUUUGGAUAUGGCGUUGGAGUUUUUGGAGGAAGGCAACUGGCACCCCUUGGUAAUCCCUUGUAUGGGGGAACCUUUGGCAAUCCCUACUUAGCUCAGCCCUAUGGUCAUUAUUUCCAUGAUCGGAGAUUUGGAGGCAACUACGGAGGAGGUUUCGGAGGAAAUUUCUACGGUUGCUAGACUCUUUCUGUUCCCAAUGGCAGUCAAUGUCGACUUAAUAAAGUA